UAUGCCCGCACUCAUGGAGUCCAGAUGAUGACUUUUGAUAACCAGGAAGAACUCUCAAAGAUUGCUCGUUGUCAUGCCAGUGCCAAACUAGUGCUUCGCAUUGCAGUGGAUGACUCCAAGUCCUUGUUACGACAUAACUCCAAGUUUGAGGCCAGUUUGGACUCAGCUGGUCGGCUGCUGCAGCGAGCCGGAGAGCUGGGCCUGGACGUGGUCGGGACAGAGGAGAAUGUCCCUGAAAGAGUGAUGGUGUACUACAUUAAUGAUGGUGUGUAUGGAUCCCUGAGUUUUCUCAUCAAUGCUCCCGGCACGGGCUGUGUUUUACCAUACCUUCAAAGGAGAGUCGACAGCAGUGAGCAGAGGUACCGCUCUGUGAUCUGGGGUCCGACCUGCAACAGCUUGGACAAGCUGACUGACAGCUGCCUCCUGCCUGAGCUGCAGGUGGGGGCGUGGCUCCUCAUUGACAACACCGGCGCCUACACAGUUUGCCUAUCCACCACCUUAAAUGGCUUUGGAAAACCACCUAUAUAUUCUGUGGUGACACCUGAGACAUGGCAAACCUUAAACCCUUCUCACACCUGA